AUGGCUUCAACAGGCAUUCCGCUAGAUACUGCUACUAUAAUUUCAACAUCGCUGGAAGGCAUCUUAUAUGGCGACAUUCGCUUUUCAGUUCUCAUGUUUAUGGGUACCAUGUGGGCAUCGACCCGCUACAAACGUGAUGCAAAUCGCCCGAUCGCUUUGGCAGCAAUCCUGCUGUUGAUAUUCAGUACUGCACACUUGAUCGUAGAUAUUAUUCGUCUCCAAGAUGGAUUUGUCAAGUAUCGCGACUUUCCUGGUGGACCAGUGGCGUUUUUCCAAGACAUCAGCCAACCAACGUUUGUGACAAAGAACCUAAUAUACGCCUUGCAAACUAUGAUCGGCGAUGGGGUAGUGAUUUAUCGCUGUUAUGUCGUUUGGCAAUCCGGUUGGGUAAUCAUCCUGCCAAGCAUGCUGUGGUGCGGCUCCGCAGUGGCUGCUUUAAUCGCGCCUUACUACGCUUCGCAGGCAACUGGCGGAAACGUUUACACCAAUCAGACUGCACAAUGGGUCACGGCGUUGUUUGCCUUGACACUUUCAACUAAUCUGAUAAGUUCAGGAAAGCGAUUACUUGUGUAUCGCAUCUGGACGAUGGAACGCAGGAUUUCUCGAAAUCGCGCCACGAAUGCCACCAUGAUGCCUGUCGUGCACGUGCUUAUAGAUGCCGCUAUCAUGUACUCUGCAGCCCUAGUGACCAUACUAAUAUGUUUCGUCUGCGCGAACAACGCCCAGUAUAUCAUGUUGGAUAUGAUCAUGCCAAUCAUCUCUAUUGCCUUCUAUAUGGUGUUGAUUCGUCUUACACCCUGGAAAACUACUCCAAACUUCCUCCCGAUGGCUUAUAGCGCGGGAAUUGACGAGAAGGAAAGAAGGAAUUUGGAGCAAUGCUCUAUGAAGUCCCCUCAGACCUAUGUGUCCCAGUGGGCACAGAAUGACGGUAUAUAGUAAAAUGGGACUGAAGCAUGGGUUCGACGGAAGCUUGCGAUGUAUCCGAAGGGUAACGGCUUUACCUCUUUUCAGGUUCCAGAUGUAGUCAUCUCUAGCUCCAUGCAAACUCGUGCAAAUUUUUGUCCUUGGACAAGGCCGCACAUAUGUAAACACCUUCAUAACAUCUGACAGGUUCGCUGUUCGUCGUGCAGUCUCUAAAUACAGUUCCGAUGUACUCAGAACUAUAACUAUUACCGUACAAUCAGCAAUUCAACCAUUUUCCAUUU